GUCGAUCUAGUCGUCACCGUUCAAAGAAAAAUAAUUGCUCGUAUCAGGAAGUAGUUCUUUCUCCAUCCGUCGUCGUAGUAAUCGCAGUUGCUUAGAGUCCUAAAAGAGCUCAAGAGAACCGAUAGUGAGUGCUGAUUAAUGCGGAAGACGAUUUUAACUGGGAUCCUUAUGGUGGCGCGUCUGCUACUUUGAUGCUGUUUUCCUUCAUUUUUUGCCACAACAAAUUUAAAGAGCCUGCUAAUCAGUGAUAUCAAUCAAAGGUGUUUGUGAUUUUGUGUUCGUAAAAAACGGUGUCGAUUACUGCGAUUUAGUGAGCAGCACUAGAUAAUGGCCUGAUUGUGGGACAUUCCGCACGAGCUGUUCCAGAGAAGCAUUCGAAACGAAGCCGUCAUCCAAGUAACCCAACUCAAGGAAUAGGAGUAGGAGCAAUCGAUUACAUCUCAGCUGUAACCUGCAGCAGCUGCAACUUGUACUGUAGUGGACAAACGAACGGACGGACGAAUACCUAUCUUUCACGUAAUAUUUUUCAAUCGUGCAGCCAUCGUAUACGAUCACAUACCAUCACAAUGCAAGUCCUAAGCAAACUUACUUCCGUUCCGAUCACCUGCAAAGAAUACGUCCACCCAUGGACGGAUUCGUGUAGCAUAGCUUCGGCCGAGUUCCUAAUCGUUGCCGUGCAGGACAGUCUCCGAAUCUACACAGCCGUCUAUUUGCUUUCACUAGCCAUGCGCGGUCGCAUUCCAUCGUUCGAGGAAUUGAAACGCACAAUCCGCGGUCUGCUCCAAUCCACAGCCUUCCUGACGAUGUCCGCCUUCAGCUAUUCGGUGUUCCUUUGUGUUCUUCGGCGGCUUGCCGGGUCGUACAAUUUCUACACUUCGUCCUACAUACCGGCCUACAUCGCCGCGUUCGUGUCCAUCCUGGUAGAGCGACCCUCGCGGCGAGGGUUGUUGUGUUUGUACGUAUCGAACGUUGCCACCGAAACCGGUUGGAAUAUCCUGAAGUCACGAGGCCUGGUGCGAUCGCUUCCGUACGGGGAAAUCCUGAUCUUUGGGGUAUCUACGGCGACGUUGUUGUACUAUUACCGACUGAAUCGGCAGAAAGACUACAAGGAUUCGAUGUUUGACGUGUUCCAGUUUGCUCUGGGGGAUAGCGAAGUGAUGAAACCGGUUGAACAGGCCUCUGCGGAAAGCAGACGAGAAAAUCGAUCCAGGGAUUCGACACGGAGGAGCGCGCCCUACGGUAUGAUCCAGGCUGCCGUGAAAGCCUACCUUAAUGUGAUAACGAGGGUAAAGACUAUGGCCAAACACGAGCUGUGCCGACACAAGGACAGCUGUCUCUACAAUACGCUCUCUGGUGGCACCCGGAUGUUCUCGAUCGGGUUGGGCAUCCAGGUGAUCAUGAAAGUACUCUUCCAGGCCCGAAGGAUGAUUCGUAGGCCGGAACUGUUCAAGCGGACAUUCCUAAGCAAAGAGAUUAUGAAGCUGGGGCUGUUCCUCGGGGGAUUCACGUCUCUGUACAAGAUGUCUUCCUGUCUCCUGAGGCAUAUGACGAACACUGACAAAGCUGCCUACGCCAUUCCAAGUGGAUUAGUUGCCAGCGUUGCAUUCGGAUAUUACGCAGACACCACUAUCGCGUUGUACAUCAUGUGGAAAACUCUCCAGAUGUCCUACAACUGGGGAAUCGAAAAAGGCUACGUACCAAAGAUUCCGGGCUUCACCGUACUAUUGUACUGUGCGAGCACGGCAUUACUCUUCCAUGCGGCCACACUGGAACCCAUGAAUCUACGGCCAAGUUACUGGAAGUUCCUGCAUUCCAUCUCCGGAGGACGGAUCUCCGUGAUGGACCGAAGCGGGUUCGAUGUGUACGGGCUGAACACCAGCGGCCAGAUUCGGGAGAUGUCGAAAAUGUGCAAUACGGCGCAAGUGCUAAAGUUCCGGAUUGAGGGUUAACAGCGUCUACUUAUGUACAUACCUAAGAUUUGUUUUUUUUUCUCUGAUUACGAGAGGCCAUGAUGGGCGGUGAUGCCUUAGAGAAUAGAAGAUUGCAUGCCGAAUGCGUCCGCUUAUUGCACAAACGGGAUUAUGGGAGGGUCAACGUAGAGUACAUAGUAAAUAGGUAAUCUGCAAAGUGAUAGAUUAUUUUUGGAACUCGAGAGAACACUAGGUUGGAGGUUAGCCACGAAACGUGAGACCUCAAAAAAGGUUUAUGCUGCUUCUUAUAAUACGGCAAGAUUCCGUACAGUAUGCCGCAAAAAUUGCGAUGUACGUGUAGAUAAGAUCACUUCGAUUUGAUAUAUUGAAUGUUAUUUUGUUUUUAAUAAAUCAUUAUUGUCCACGAA